AUGAAACUCUUGAUUUUCUGUCUCGUCGUCCCAUUGCUAGCUUUUAUUCGCGACGAGGAGGCUGAAAGCUGCGGUGAACAAGUUCACAACACAGCCUUCUACCUGGACUCAACAACAACAGUGAAGGAACUGGCCCAAGUCUACACUAAUCCAUACACCCGAACCAAUUACGAGUGUAACCCCGGAACAAAAACGUUCAGUCAUGAAAAGUUAUUGAAAGCUUUUGUGCCAAAUCCAAGCCCAAAUGCAACACGCAGUGUAGUAGAGAACACCAAUUUCAAUUUCACAUUGUUUGAUGUGAAAUCGCGGAGAGAAACUUCACAUUCGGAAAUGUACAAAUUCACAUUUCAAACUAUUUACGAACUCGCCACUCAUCAAAUCACUAUCGAGUACAUGAUUGCGAUGAAAGAUAAAAAAUGCCAUUUGUUGUCUGAAACUUGGACGUGUCUGACAAGUGCACAACAUAUUGAACAACUAUUUGAUGAAAUGAGGCGUGAUAUGGGGUUGUUAUAG